UGUGAUCCAACACAACAACAAAAACAUCAUUAACCAAUCAAGCAAUCAAAUUUGUGUUCAUCAUCAUAUCGUCUCUGUCAAGAAACCAAAUUAAAACCAUGAUGAUGAACACUACGGCCUGGAUUUGGGCAGGCUUUGCAGCAGUGCUGGCUGCAGCCAUUGCUGUGUACGAGUUAUUAUUUAGGAACAACAAAAGGAAAAGGUUGCCACCAGGUCCCAAAGGGCUGCCAAUAUUGGGACAUCUCCAUUUGCUGGGGAAGAACCCCCACCAAGAUAUGCAAAAACUCUCCAAAACCUACGGUCCUAUGAUGUACCUACGACUAGGGCUGACCGACAACAUCAUCGUAUCAUCACCUCAAGCGGCCGAGCGGUUUCUGAAGACACACGACCUCAAUUUCGCCAGCCGGCCACCAAACCAAGCUGCCAACUAUAUAGCCUAUGAGCAAAGGGAUUUGGCGUUCGGGCCAUACGGUCCGUUUUGGCGCAACAUGCGAAAGCUCUGCACCUUAGAGCUCCUCAGCAAUCUCAAGAUCAAUUCUUUUCAAUCUAUGAGAAGAGAAGAGUUGGGUCUUGUCGUAGAUUCCUUCAAGCAGGCAGCCCAGAACGGCAAAGCUGUUGAUUUGAGUACCACCAUUUCUUCCAUGAGCAUGGACAUGAGUUGUCGGAUGGUGUUUGGGAAGACGUACAAGAAUCAGGAUUUUGGGGAGAUGGGGUUUAAGGCUUUGAUUCAUGAAAUUGUUUAUCUGGCCGCCGUCCCCAAUCUUGGGGACUACUUUCCUUUUCUGGGCAAGCUUGAUGUUCAAGGGUUCACUCGGCGGAUGAAGGCGGUGGGCAAGCUCACUGAUCAAUUCAUGGAGAGGAUUGUGGAAGAGCACGAAGAGGCUGCAAGCAAAGGCAUCACUAACAAAACCAAAGAUUUUGUUGAUACCUUGUUGGAAAUCAUGAAGUCUGCAAACACUGAUUUUCAAUUCUCUCGCAAACAUGUCAAGGCUAUGAUGCUGGAUAUACUUGUAACUUCAAUGGACACAUCUUCCACGGUAAUAGAAUGGACCAUGUCUGAACUUUUUAGACAUCCUGAAAUAAUGAAGAAAGUGAGGGAUGAAGUAGCUGAAAAAGUUGGGUAUGAUAGGAUGGUGGAGGAGGCAGAUCUUGAAGGCUUGGAAUAUCUAGAAAUGGUGGUAAAAGAAUCACUCAGGCUUCACCCAGUGGUGCCGUUACUUCUCCCUCAUAUAGCAAUGGAUGAUUGUGUAGUUGAUGACUUUCAUGUACCUAAAAACACAAGAGUAAUGGUGAAUGCUUGGGCAAUUGGACGUGAUCCGAAUGUGUGGAGCAACCCAGAAAAGUUCAAUCCAGAAAGGUUUAGUAAAAAUCGUGUUGACUAUAGAGGUAGAGAUUUUGAGUUAAUCCCGUUUGGUUCAGGGAGGAGAAGUUGUCCCGGCUUACAACUUGGAAUUACCGUAGUUCGACAUGUGGUGGCACAAUUAGUGCAUUGCUUUGACUGGACUCUACCAAAUAAGAUGCUACCAGAAGACCUAGACAUGACUGAAUCAUUCGGUCUUGUAAUAAGCAGAGACAAACCUUUGAUGGCUAUUCCAACAUACCGUUUGCCUCAGUAAACUCUGAGCGGCUUAUUCUUCAAUUUGCUAUGUAUUUUUUACAUUAAUUUUCUCUAUGUUUUUCUACUUGAAAUAAUGAAUAAAGAGUUUAGUAGCAUAUGAACACCAUAUCCUUCAUGUAUUCCUAAUGUAUGUUUAUUCAGUAUAUCAAUAAAUUAACCAUCAAUUUU